AUGGAUUUCGAAAGCAGCCUCAAGGACUUACGGGAGGCUGAGACAGAGAACAAGGCCGCAUCUGAGAAGCUGGUUGCUGCGAAAGGAGAGGAGAUUGAGUCCGCCAAAGAGCAGAUUCAGUCGAAGAAGGACGAAAAGGCAGCUGCAGAUGAGGAACGGUUUCAAAAGAAGCAGGAUGUGAGAGACGCAACAAGCUCUAGAGAUGAGGAUAUGGCAUUUGCCAAGGAGGUAAAGGAGAAGUGUGCCGCGAAGGAGAAGGAAUGGGAAAAGCGGCAGCAGACCCGGGCUGACGAGACCCAGGCGGUGUCUAAGGCUAUUGAGGUCUUGGAUUCAGACGCUUCCCACGAGCUUUUGGGCAAAACCGUGAAGCCUUCCCUGCUUCAACUGGGAAGCGGGCAGCGCCUUCAGGAGCGCCGGCAGCGACAGCACGCCUACGAAAGGCUGCGCUCUGCAGGGAAGGAGGAUUUGCGUUUGGUCACCCUCUCUUUGGAGCUCAAGCUGGAUACUUUCAAGGAGGUGCAAGAAAAGAUCGAUCUGAUGAUCUCGGCGUUGAAGACUGAGCAGGCGAAUGAAGUGAAGAAGAAGGACUACUGCGCGGCAGAGUUCAAUCAGAAUAGGUUAGCAGCGGACGCCAAGAAGCGCCAGGGCGAGGGCUUGAAUGCUGCAUCACAGGAGGUGACGCAGCAGUUAAAAGCUCUGCUGGCGGAGUCUAAGGAGCUGGAAGGGGAAGUUUUGGAGCUUCAGAAGCAGCAGAAGCUGGCUGCGCAGAACCGGGAGAAAGAAAACGCUGAGUUUCAGAAGGUGGUCCAGGAACAACGAGAAACGCAAGUUCUCCUCAAAAAAGGCGAUGCAUGUGCUACAAGAGUUUUAUGCAAAGCCGGAGUCGUUGCUGCAGGAGGAGCCAGAGCCAGAGACCUUCGGCAGCUACAAGAAGAACAACCACGGCCAGGGCGUGAUGCUGAUGCUACAGGAGCUGGCCGCCGAUGCCAAGGAGAUGGAAGCAGAGUCCUCUGCAGCGGAGCGUGA